AUGAGCGCUCCCAUUAUCAUCACUGUUCCCAACAAUUACCUGGCUAUGGAGGAGAUGGAGUCGAAGGUGAUGGUUGACGUCGCGUCGCCAUCACCUUCAAGAAAAAGGAGGCUUGAUCAUCUUACAUGGGAGGAGAAAAUGCAAAGAAAGAAAUUGAAAAAUCGUGUAGCGGCUCAGACUUCCCGUGAUAGAAAAAAAGCAAAAAUGGAUGAAAUGGAAAACCGCAUCAAACAUUUCAUGGAGGUGAAUGAGAAGCUUAUAAGUGAAGUUGAGAGUUUGAAGGCUUUGAAUGAACGUCUGUUAAGUGAGAAUGCAAAGCUACGUAGUGAAGCGGCGGCUCGCACCGUCGCGGGAGCCCCGGGACCAGCAGAGUCUCAACCUCGGCAGAAGGACGGGCUCCCGCCGGCGAUGCGAGCGGCACGCCUACUGUUGGCGAUGUGCCUCUUACAGACAUCCUCGCCCACCUCGACUCUGAAGAGUAUCUCGACACCCUCCAACAACUUGCAAACUCCCUCCUCCAAGAAAUUGAUGCAAGUGCUGCAGGAGCGGUUGAAGAUGUCACAAUCAGGGAAGCUAGAGAGUGCAUUGAAGGAGCUCAAGUGGUGGGGACCACAACAAAGCAAUUGGAAUCCAGUAAAGGUGGAAGCAUAG